ACCGGAAGUAAACAUUGACGUAUUGGCUCUGUUUCAGUCCGGUGGUUUGGGGGUCCGCUGCGACAGGACUUGGAAAGAAAACCUUCCCUUACAAAUACUAUGAAAGAAUAAGAAUAUAUGAAACUUUAUUUAUAACUCAGAAGGAGGCCAGAUAACAAUGGCGGCUGCAGCUGUGGACACAGUUAAUGCCGCCCCCGUGGCAGGGUCCAAAGAAAUGAGUUUGGAGGAACCAAAGAAGAUGACCAGAGAGGACUGGAGAAAGAAGAAAGAGCUAGAAGAACAGCGAAAACUGGGUAAUGCUCCUGCAGAAGUUGAUGAAGAAGGAAAAGACAUCAACCCUCAUAUUCCUCAGUAUAUUUCUUCAGUGCCAUGGUAUAUUGAUCCAUCAAAAAGACCUACUUUAAAGCACCAGAGACCACAACCAGAAAAGCAGAAGCAGUUCAGCUCGUCUGUUGAAUGGUAUAAGAGGGGUGUAAAAGAGAAUUCCAUAACUACUAAGUAUCGCGAAGGAGCGUGUGAAAAUUGUGGGGCCAUGACACACAAAAAGAAAGACUGCUUUGAGAGACCCAGGCGAGUUGGAGCAAAAUUUACAGGAACUAACAUAGCUCCAGACGAACAUGUCCAGCCUCAGCUGAUGUUUGACUAUGAUGGGAAGAGGGAUCGGUGGAAUGGCUACAAUCCAGAAGAACACAUGAAAAUUGUAGAAGAAUAUGCCAAAGUUGAUCUGGCAAAACGAACACUGAAAGCCCAGAAACUCCAAGAAGAAUUAGCCUCAGGAAAGUUAGUGGAACAGGCUAAUUCUCCAAAACACCAGUGGGGAGAAGAGGAACCAAAUUCUCAAAUGGAAAAAGAUCAUAAUAGUGAGGAUGAGGAUGAAGAUAAAUAUGCAGAUGAUAUUGACAUGCCUGGACAGAACUUUGACUCUAAGAGACGGAUUACUGUUCGGAAUCUCAGGAUUCGAGAAGAUAUUGCAAAAUAUUUGCGGAAUUUAGAUCCAAAUUCUGCUUACUAUGAUCCCAAAACUAGAGCGAUGAGAGAAAAUCCCUAUGCCAAUGCAGGAAAGAAUCCAGAUGAAGUGAGCUAUGCAGGAGACAACUUUGUUAGAUACACAGGUGAUACCAUUUCAAUGGCUCAGACACAGUUGUUUGCAUGGGAAGCCUAUGACAAGGGAUCUGAAGUGCAUCUGCAGGCCGAUCCCACCAAACUAGAGCUCUUGUAUAAGUCCUUCAAGGUCAAAAAAGAAGACUUCAAAGAACAGCAGAAAGAAAGCAUCCUGGAAAAGUAUGGUGGCCAAGAACAUUUGGAUGCUCCUCCAGCUGAAUUGCUUUUAGCUCAGACAGAAGACUAUGUGGAGUACUCAAGACAUGGGACAGUCAUUAAAGGACAGGAGCGGGCUGUCGCCUGCUCCAAAUAUGAGGAGGAUGUGAAGAUCCACAAUCACACGCAUAUCUGGGGAUCUUACUGGAAAGAAGGCCGAUGGGGAUACAAAUGCUGUCACUCUUUUGUCAAGUAUUCCUAUUGCACUGGAGAAGCUGGGAAGGAGAUUGUUAAUUCAGAGGAAUGUAUUGUAAAUGAUAUAACUGGAGAAGAAUCUGUGAAAAAACCUCAAACGCUCAUGGAGAUACAUCAGGAAAAACUAAAAGAGGAUAAAAAGAAGAAAAAGAAGAAGAAGAAGAAGCAUCGAAAGAGCAGCUCAGAUAGUGAUGAUGAAGAAAAGAAACAUGAAAAACUGAAAAAGGCACUGAAUGCAGAGGAGGCCCGCCUUCUUCAUGUCAAGGAGCUCAUGCAGGUUGAUGAGAGGAAACGGCCUUACAAUAUCCUGUAUGAAACUCGGGAACCGACCGAGGAGGAAAUGGAGGCCUAUAGAAUGAAGCGUCAGAGGCCGGAUGACCCCAUGGCCUCUUUCCUUGGACAGUAGUAACUAGUUGCAGAUGGUCAUUCAUGAUAAACACAGCUGAAGAUAUAUUCUUUCCAGCUUCUUGCCAGUGAUUGUAGAUGGAAAAGUCAAGUGUCUGCUCAUCUUGCUGCCUGACUUUAAUAAAGUCUCCAGAAGUUUAA